ACGCUUCAAAAGUCGAAGCGUUUAUUCAGAGCACCAGAACUAAGGACGUGACGGCCGUGCACUAGUAAUACGAUUAUGAACCAUGGUUUCAUAUUCCGAAAUCCGUAUUGCGCCUAGUAAACGUAGCUGGCACACACACGCGCUUUAUUUCACUCAGACCUUGAGCAUAAGUAGAUUAUCAAUGGAGUAGCUAUACAGUCAUUUCGUGAACUCGACAGAUCAAAAAUGUUAAACCCCUUCAUGGACCCAGCCCACGUGAGUGCCCUUAAGUUGAGCCCAUCGCACGCUAUGUCAUGUGAAUCGACAAGAACCCACACGCAAGGAAACCACCAAUUUCCAGCUCAGGUUAACGGUUACGCUGGAACUCUCACCCAUGCUCAUCACCAUGGACACGUCAGCGGUUACGCUGCACGAGAUUUUUUUCUCCGAAGAGAACACAUGCCGACUUUGGCAAGUACCUUAGCUACACACGACAGGCUCAGCAGCAACAGGCCCGAGCACCAUGGCAUGUUUGUAUCCUCCUCAGCGAAUCUUCACGGGUCUCACCACACAGGAGACCCUUCCUCCACACACGUGCUCUUUCCUGGUUUGGAGUACUCUGCAGCCCCCCACAGUGGACAUAUUAACGGCCAGGUCAGGUUAUCGUUACCCAGAGUGGAUAUUUACGGACGACCAGACACAUUUAACCAAAUACCCAGUUCGAGGACUGACCACUUGACCGAUACCUAUGGUGCCAUGAACAUGAGUCAAAUGAGCAUGGUUCCUCACGGUACAGGAGGUUUUUUCAGGUACAUGCGACAGUCAAUAAAACAGGAAAUGACGUGUCUGUGGAUAGACCGUGAACAACAAACUCCUAAAAAACCUUGCAACAAAACUUUUUAUUCCAUGCACGAUAUUGUGUCUCAUAUCACGGUAGAACAUGUUAGCAGUCCCGAGUGUUCAAAUCAUACAUGUUUCUGGCAGAAUUGUGCCCGUGAAUCGCGGCCGUUUAAGGCCAAGUACAAGUUGAUCAACCACAUACGGGUACACACGGGGGAAAAGCCUUUUCCCUGUCCUUUCAAUGGCUGCGGGAAGGUAUUUGCCAGGGGUGAAAACCUCAAGAUUCACAAAAGAACCCACACGGGGGAGAAACCUUUCAAGUGUGAGUUCGAAGGUUGUGACCGGAGGUUUGCCAACAGUUCAGACCGAAAGAAGCACUCUCAUGUUCACACCAGCGACAAGCCUUACAACUGUAAGAUCGGAGGCUGUGACAAGAGUUACACCCAUCCAAGUUCGCUGCGGAAACAUAUGAAAGUGCAUGGGAAGUCUCCGCAGCCGACUAGUACAGCCCCGGGUUCCACAGGUAGCAACAGCUCCAUAUCAGACUACGACAGCGACACGCCAUCAUGCGCCACAACAAACGGGAACAACUGUAAUAACAGCGCGCCAAUCGGUCCCCAGUCUACAGUUAUGGUGCAGGGUUCGGAUCCGCAUUGCCAUACGACGUUACCACUUUUUACAAACUCUGGGUUUGGCGGGUGCGUAGGUCACACCACUAACUUGAGUGAAUGGUACGUGUGCCAGUCUUCAGUAGGUAUGCCCACACCUCCGAGCAACGAAAACUCUCCCGUGUCCGGAAUUACUCACCAUUUUCACGGGUCUUCAUAUUAAAUUAUAAGUGUACAAAGGCAGUGAAUUAAAGAAGUUUUUGCAAAACAUAAUAUAUAUGAACACGGAUUGACUUUAUUGUUUAGAUAAUAACUCGUACUCUUAUAUCUAAAACUACGUCAGUUUACAGUGCUCAGUUUUUUCGACAACGGCUGGCAGACUUAACAUGUAUAUAUUUCUAAUUAGGACUUCAACUUAAUUGCAUAACACCGGUGGUCAUUAGAGCCGUGACAAAACUGACCGUUGUACAGAGAUUAAAUUUGCUAUGAAAUGAGACGAUCUGUGUGUGUGUAUAUGUUAUAAUGAUAUUCAAUAAACUCUUAAUGUCUUACGUGAAACUCUUUAGAAAGUUGGGUCACAAUAAAAUAUAUAAGAAAUGCGAGACAGCGCUUACAUGUACCAAGUGUUCCAAAUGUCACUUCCGCUGUUCGGACGACUGCGUUUCCGAAACCGAUGGAUACAACGUUGUGAAGCUCGGUGUGUAAACCAAUUUGACCCUGCGGAAGACAACGUUUAUAUUAUACCGACUUCUUCAAAACUGCUCGAAUGUCAUCUUGGACACCGGCUUGUGUACCUAUAACAUUCCACACGACUGUGUACAUUUAUUUCGGCGUAGUCGCAUUGGUAAAACGCAGUAGUCUGAAGAAAAAAAAAACUGAAGUGACUAUUGAAACAGAUGAAUAUUAUUCCUUUAUCAUUCCCUUGAAGCUCACUAGGCAACAUAGAUUCAAUAUGAUCUUUUUACUGAAUUGAUAUACAUUACAGUGCGAAACUAGGUCUUGUGAACAAUUUAGUAAACGUAAAAGUAGCAUGUUGCGAAGAAGUUUUGUUUUUAUAUAAAUAAACCGCUAAACUAAAUAUCUCCAUGUUCAUUACAUUUGACAAAGACAAUUUAAUACGUAUGUCAUUUUUAUGCUGGAAAAGCUUGGUUCCUCUGUUCACACUUCAUGGCCAGGUGGUUAGGGCGCUCGACUCGCAAUCUGAGGGUCGCGGGUUCGAAUCCCCGUCACACCAAACAAGCUCGCCCUUUCAGC